GUAGACGUGGCCAUGCGCUGUUCCACCCUUCUGGCCAUCCUGACAGGGGUGCUGCUAUACCUGGUCCUGGGGGCGCUGGUAUUCCGCACCCUAGAAGCUCCCCAGGAGAUCAGGGAGCACAGGCACUUGCAGAGUGCCCGCCUCGCCUUCCUGAAGAACCACUCCUGUGUCAGCCCUGACCACCUGCAGGAGCUCAUACAGGAGGUGGCCAAAGCCAUCGGAGCGGGCGUGGACCCUGUCAGCAACUCCUCGGACUUCAGGAGCAGAUGGGACCUGGCCAGCUCAUUUUUCUUCUGUGGAACCAUCAUCACCACCAUUGGUUUUGGGAACAUCUCCCCAAAGACAGAUGGGGGCCAGCUCUUCUGCAUAUUCUAUGCCCUGGUGGGGAUCCCCAUGUUUGGCAUUCUCCUGGCGGGGGUAGGGGAUCAUUUGGGCACGGGGCUGAGGAAAGCCAUUGGCAAGAUUGAAACACUCUUCCUGAAAUGGCGCGUCAGUCCCACGAUUGUUCGUGUCAUCUCUGCUGUCCUCUCCAUCCAGCUGGGCUGCCUGCUUUUUGUUGCUGUGCCAACUGUGAUGUUCAAAGAGAUUGAGAGCUGGAGCCUGCUGGAGGCGGCCUACUUUGUGGUCAUCACGCUGACGACUGUUGGCUUUGGGGACUACGUGGCGGGUGAUAGGGCAGACAGUGACCCCUUGUACAAGCCUUUGGUGUGGUUCUGGAUCCUUGUUGGCCUGGCCUACUUCGCUUCCAUUCUCACCAUGAUCGGUAACUGGCUCAGAGUGCUAUCCAAGAGGACCCGUGCUGAGAUGGAGGAGCUCAGAGCCCAUGCCACCGACUGGACCCAGAACAUCCAGAACAUGUCAGUCGACUUCCGCAUCCCCAACCGGCUCGACCUAAACGACACCUUCCACCGACGACGCAAGAAACGGCACUGUGGCCAAAACCCCCGCAGCCAUAGGACGGGGCAGAGCUGGGCGGGUGCAGUGGGGGCUCAAGAGGGCAGGACCGGUGGUGAGAACGGACACCUCUCCUGCUGGUCUGAGUCGGGAUCCUCGCUGUCCUACUCCGGGGAGUCUGAUGAGUCAGCCUCUGGCUCUGAGGCCCCCGAGGCAGCUCCAGCUGGUGUGGGAGGUGACAUAGUGGCCUGCCCUUCCUUACCUGACCCCAUCAGUUCCCAGCCCCUGGACUAUUUUGGGGAGCAUCUGGCUUACAUCGACGAGUCCUCAGAUACUCUGAGUGAGAGGGUAAAAAUGGACCCACUGCUUGAACAUGCCCACCGCAAUUCUGCACCCCCUUGCAAGCCCAAGAGGAGAUGCUCCAAAAAACUGCCCCAGAAAAGCCCCAGAACCUGUCUCCAUGGCAACCUGGACAGGAAGGCACCCAACGGUGACAUCCAUCCACCAUCUGACCCGCCACCACCUCCUCCAGAACCACCAGAGAGGAACUGAGAGUCGACAUGUAGUGCAGGUCCGCAUUGGAAAUGUAGUCAGAAACCCAGUCAGUAUAAGCAAGCAUUGAGACCAGCUUUCAGAAGAGCUCUCAGGGCUGUGUCCCUCUGGCCCUCACCUUAGCUUAGAUCCACAGUUGAGGAAUUUGAGGUAUGCUAAGACUAUUCGGACAUUUAGGGUAUUAAAGAGCCAUCCCACCCCCUCCCAAUUUACACCCCUAAAUGGAGACCUGAUCACAGGCUGGAUUAGAAUUCUUCUGAUUCAUGGGAGUGGGGAAGUACCUGGGGGAGGGGGGAUGGCUUUGAAGUCAAAUGAAGUAUGAAACAUGUAUGGCUGAAUGUAACCCAGCAAAAGUAAGGUAUUUGUGCGUGUGAGUAACAGAGGGAGAGUAACAGGUUGGUACCCAGUUAUCAUGUAGACAAAGCUCCUGCCCACAGGAAGUGCCUCCAAAACUCACCACCAAUCCCUGACCAGCAAGCUUCCACAGUUUCCAGCAUGGGAACUCCAUUCAGUGGGAUUCAGUUUCUUCUCUUGUAAACUGCCUUACCUCAUCUCUGCGUUACAGAGCUGAACCAGCAGCGGGCAGACCACAGGUUCCCUGGCUUCUCAGGCCCAGAGGCUCAUCUCUGUAGUGCCUUGGAGCAAACUCCUGUGUCUGAACUGCAGGUUCUCAACAGCUAAGUGCAAGGGC